AUGUCUCGUGGAAGCAGCGCCGGAUUCGAUCGCCACAUCACCAUCUUCUCUCCAGAAGGCCGUGUCUACCAGGUCGAAUAUGCAUUCAAAGCAAUCAACUCCACCAACUUAACCGCCGUUGCAGUGAAAGGAGUCGACACUGCCGUUAUCGCCAUCCAGAAGCGUGUUCCUGACAGUUUGAUUGUCGCCGACACCGUCACUUCCGUCUACCAAAUCUCGCAAACUGUCGGAUGCUGUGCGAUCGGAAUGAUUCCAGAUGCCAAGUUCCAAGUGAAACGCGCGCAGGGAGAGGCUGCUAGCUGGAAAUACAAGAAUGGAUAUGAUAUGCCAUGCGAGCUUCUCGCCAAGAAAAUGGCCGAUCUCAACCAGUAUUACACUCAGAAUGCUGAGAUGCGCAGUUUGGGAUGUGCUCUUCUCUUCAUCUCAUACGACGAUGAGAAAGGCCCAGAAGUGUAUCGUGUUGAUCCAGCUGGAUAUUAUCGUGGAAUGAAGGGAGUUUCAGUGGGAGUCAAACAAGUUCCAGCCACCUCAUUCCUCGAGAAGAAAAUCAAGAAGAAGUCAGAGUUGAACUCUACAGAAACUGUCGAACUCGCUAUCGAGGCUCUUCAGAACUCCCUCGGAAUCGACGUUCGUUCCAAGGAUCUCGAAGUGGUUGUUGUCAGCAAGGAGAACACCAAGUUUACAAAGUUGACGAAUGAUCAAGUUGAGCACCAUCUCAACCAGAUCGCCAACAGAGACUAA